CCGACUCCGUUUCUUCACCUUCGCAUUUAACUUUGGCAUUGAUUCUCCCAAGAUUUUUAUCAUGCACUCAUUUCUCAGCAAGACCCGACAACACCCGUUCCAACUACCUACUGAAUGAAAAGAAUUAGUUCACUGCUUAGAAACCAAUCAACGCAUACAAUGGCGGCACGGAAGGGCAUCAGCACCGUGUCCCGCGAUUACAAUGAAGCUCUCCGUCUGCUUUCGACACUUUACUCAAACCGCCAGGUCACGAAUCUUUUUGACAAAUCAAUCGCCGCGAAUGCCUCAUCUGUGCCACCAAAGGAUCCCAAUGCUUUAGCUAUUCCUGAGAUGCGCGAAUGGCUCCGACGUGCUGGAUAUGAACCCAAAGAUCUCGCACGUCUGAGACACAUUCACAUAGCCGGCACCAAAGGUAAAGGCUCUGUAAGCGCAUUUGCAACGGGUAUGCUACGGGAGUACGAGACUGUUGGGACUUAUACGAGCCCACAUCUCGUCAGUCCUCGCGAGCGCAUUGCUAUUCAAGGAGAGCAGGUUUCUCAGAAACUCUUCGCUGAGGCUUUCUUUGAGCUCUGGGAAAGGUUGUCUGAAGCUGCUGAGAAGGAUGGCAAAAGCCUCACCGAGUCCGAAGGACCUGGCUCAAAGCCAUUCUUCUUCCGCUUCAUGACGCUCCUUGCUUGGCAUAUAUUCCUGAGAGAAAAGGUCGAUAGCGUUGUUCUUGAAUGCGGUAUCGGCGGAGAGUAUGACGCUACAAAUGUGGUGCCUCCCGAGGCUGUUUCUGCUGCGGUCAUCACGCAGCUGGGUAUAGAUCAUGUCGCGAUGCUGGGCGACACGGUUGAGAAGAUCGCAUGGCACAAAGCCGGCAUUCUCAAGCCAGGUGUGCGUGGUUUCGUCCGACGAAUGGACGAGAAGCCUGGUGUGAUGCAAGUACUUCGACAACGGGCAGCAGAAAAGGGGGCUGAGCUCAUCGAGUUGGAUGACGCCAGGAUCGAACUAUGGGGAGGUGUGAAGGGAAGACUGCUCGGUGACUUUCAAAAGUAUAACCAAGCUCUUGCCGUUUGUGCUGUGAAACAACAUCUAGGUAUUUAUUUUGAUCCCAGGGACUUUUUUAUGAACAGUCAAGCAAGGAUGGACAAAGGGCUAUGGGACGCAAGUCUCAGAGGGCGCUGUGAGGUCAUUCAGCAGGGCCACAUUGGCUGGUACCUGGAUGGCGCGCAUACGAAGGAUAGCAUGUAUGAGGUCGCAAAAUGGUUCGCUUCGAAUGUCGAAAACGAUGAAUCCUCAAUUCUGGUUUUCAACCAGCAGGAGAGGGAUGCAACACAACUACUGGCAAUAUUGCUUGACACUGUUCAAGAAUUUACAGGGAGAGAAAACAUAUUCAGUCAUGCGCUCUUUACGAGGAAUGAUCAGGAGGGGCCUUCAACGGAUGAAGAAGCCAGAGAUCUGAGUGUGCAGACACGUGUGGCAAGGAUGAUGGCUGAGAGAGCAGCUAAUUGUGAGGUCAACACAUUCGACAAUAUCCAGGACGCUGUAUCUGAGGCCAGAAAAGUUGCAGGAUCCCAUCAGAAGGUUUUAGCAACAGGGAGCAUGUAUCUCGUAGGGGGUGUUUUACGAGCUUUGGAGCCUGAAGGAUUAUUAUAAAUAUAAAUACUCCCUGGUGUGCCGGCCAAAUUAGAUCGUUCUAUUAUCAUCAAAUCAUAGAGCAUCCGCCUUUUCCAGUAUGCCCAAGGCACCACCAACGAGAUGCAGGCUUCCCGUGAUAAAUGCCUCCACCGUCUCCCCCUCUGUGAAAUCCUCUCCAAGGUGUCGGACGUAGUUAAUGGAUUGCUCGAUUGUGGGCAUGACUUUUACCGUGGCUGUGGGAUCAAGGGACAUCCACUUAUCCGCAAACCGUUGCUGAACAGUCAUCUUAUCGAUCUCAGCAGGGUCGAAUUGACGGUUGAUAAAGUCACGCUUGUAGCCGGAUGCGGCAUAGGUGACGUUUGUGCAGAAGAUGACAUGGUCAAAUGCUGGCUGUCCUUCUCGUCUGGUCGCCUUGAAGACGGACUCGAGAAAGUCGACAGCUUCGGAGCGGCCUUGUUGGUUGAAAAUCAUGACACGCAUUCCAUUGCUA